UAUCGUUAUAUUUCGAGAUUUUCGUAAGAUAAACUGUGAGAUUGUAAUCAUGGCUGAUGCAGUAAGUUUGUGUAUCUAAAUAUCGUAUAAUCAGUUUUCAUGAGUGAUAUUGAAGUUGUUUUACAUUGUAAACGCAAGUAAUGAGCUUGUUUUAUGAUGGAAUAUAGUCGGUACAUACAUACGUACUUACGAUAAUUAUUUUUCUCGAGUUUUCUCUGUUGUGGACCGACGCCAUUAUAUUUUGAAUUUUCUAGCUAAAAAGAAUUAUAAGUUUAUGAAUGUACUUGUCGUAAAGAGUAAUAAUAGAAUACUUACCUGAUUACGAUUAGAGAAAAUCUAAAUGUUUGACGUUUGAAUACUUACUGUGUGUAAAUAUUUUCAGCUAAGAAUCUUGUUGGCAUAUACCGGUUUACUUACGAAUGAUGGAGUCAUUGCUAAUUUCUAGACUCCAAGAUAUAAUAAAUCAUAUCGAGAUUGUUACGAAACAGUGCGAAACAUUUUUACAAAAGGAAAUAAGUGAUAUUGACAAACAGCAAGCAGAAAUUGCUACCAAGAAAUUGGAUAAUCUUCAUUCUCGUUUUUCAACUGAAUUAAACAAUUAUUUUCGAUUGAGUAUCGAACCAUCUGCUGAUGACAUCUCAAUGUUUAGUGCUAUUCAAUUAAAUUCCGAGGAAAUUCUCAUAGAGUUGACCAUAAAGUUAAAAGAUUUGCGUGAAGACCGAAGUGAACGGUCAAAUAAAGCUACUUAUAGUGAAUUACCAAAAUUGAACUUACCUGAAUUUAGUGGUGAUGUGUUGCAAUGGCAACAGUUCUGGGACCAUUUCACAUCAAAUAUUGAUAGUAGACACUUACCGGACGUGGACAAAUUAUUGUACUUGAAGGCUUCAUUAUCUGGAGAUGCGAAAAGAGCUGUUGAAGGAUUAGAAACAACAAAUAAAAACUAUGAGAUUGCUGUAUCGAUUCUUAAGGAACGAUAUGGUAAGGAACAUUACAUAAUUGAUGCUCACUAUGCUGCCUUAUAUAAAAUUAAGGCUGCGGACAAGACUGCUGAAGAUUGUCGGAGAGCUCUUAAUGAAGUAGAGCGGCAUCUACGAGUUUUAAAUUCACUUGGUGAGAAUACCAACCAUAACCAUCUGCGGUUUAUUAUUAUUGAAAAGUUUCCUGAAGAGAUAGUGUAUGAGUUAAAGAUGUUGUUAAAGACAGAUUCUAUUGAAGAUAUGAGAAAACAAUUAGAGAUUAUUAUUUCAGCAAGAGAGGAUGCUAAUAGAAUUACUCAAGAGAAGAGUCAAAAGGAAAUUAGACAUUACACGGUUGAGACAUUCCACGGUACAGAUAGUGUGAACCAACAUAACCCGUCAAGCGGUUCAAGAAGGUUUAAGAUUCAAGAACGUUUUAAGAAUUUGAAGGAUAAACAUCAGGAUUGGAAAAUGAAAAUGAGAUUUGCUCCUAACUACAAGAAUAAUAAUUACAAUAAUAAUAGAAUGCUUCCUAAUAAAAGAAAAUUUGAAUAUUCAUAUGAGAAAGAUAUAAACAUGAAAAAACCAAGAUUAAAUUGUAUUUUCUGCUCAGGAGCACAUUACAAUGAUCAAUGUAAGACUGUAAGAACUAUUAAGGACAGACAAAUUAAAUUAAAGGGCCGAUGCUUUUAUUGCUUUGUUCAAGGUCAUUGGAGUAAGACAUGUAAAAUAAAUAAAAAAUGUAUACAUUGUGGAGGAAGGCAUAACAGAGCUUUAUGUCCAAAAGUUUGUGAUUCUGUGAAAGUGAAAACAUUGCAUACAAAUACUUCAGACAAAUCUGGAAAUUCUACAACGGUGUUACAGACAGCAGUAGUUACUGUAUUAAAUGAAAAUAAAUGCGACAAAGUGAAUUGUCGGAUCCUUAUGGACUCUGGCAGUCAACGUUCAUAUGUAACAAAGAGGAUUGCUACUGAAUUGAAUUUAGCUGUAAUAGAAGAACACCAUCUUUCCGUCUUCACCUUCGGGACUGAUCAACCAUUGGAAUAUGAUAGUCCAUUAGUGAAAUUAAAUAUACUUACCAGAACUAACGAAGAAGUCGUACUGUAUGCCAAUGUUGUACCAACCAUUGCACAGCAUGUUAGUUAUUCCGGAGAAGAACUUUAUCAUUGGAAAAAUGAAUGUAUCUUAGCAGACGAUGGUUCACUUGGUGACCAAGUGGACAUCCUCAUCGGCAAUGACUAUUAUUUCACGGUUAUAGACACAACAAAUAAACGGAUAAGUGAGAACUUAUUUUUAGUGGAUUCUAAAUUUGGAUGGAUGUUGACAGGGAAAACAGAAAAGAAAAAUAUAGAUAAUUUAUCAGUUAUUACUUACUUUCAGUCAAAUAAAGAAACAAAAUUGAAUAAACCGGACUUACCUUUAGACAACAUGCACCUGAAGAACUUAUGGGACCUUGAAUGUAUUGGAAUUACUGACUCUCCCAACACUACUAAAGAGGAAGAAGCUAUGAAGAACUUUAAUGAUAACACAAAAUACAAGGACAAGAGAUAUUUUGUAUGCUGGCCAUGGAAUAAUAAUGUUUCUACUCUACCUACUAAUCUUGGACUAGUGACAGGAAGAUUAAUCAAUUUAUUAAGACGAAUGGAGUAAAGACACCUGGAAAAGCUGUUCGUAUUGUAUAUGAUGCGUCAGCAAAACUGAAACAAGGAGUUAGUCUCAAUGAAUGUCUUCGAGCUGGACCAGUAUUACUAGAAGAUUUAACAGGAUUAUUGAUAAGAUUCAGAUCUCAUAAAAUAGCAAUAACAGCAGAUGUUGAAAAGGCAUUUUUACAAAUUGGACUUCAAGAUGACAGUAAAGAUGUUACUAGAUUUCUAUGGCUCAAAGAUAUAACGAAAGCAGCUACUGAUGACAAUAUUAUACACCUUCGCUUUUGUCGAGUACCGUUUGGGGUCAUAUCUAGUCCAUUCUUGUUAAACGCAACUAUCAAAUACCAUUUAAUGCAGUCGGCUAAUAAGGCUGUACAACAAGUUUCUGGUGACAUAUAUGUAGACAAUUUGGUUACCGGGACGAAGACGACAUUACAAGCGAUUACAUUAUACAGCAGUUUAAAAAGAGAAUUUGAGAAGAUAACUAUGAAUCUAAGAGAGUGGAGUUCCAACUCGAAAGAAUUUAAAGAGAAGAUACCAGAUGUACUUGACAAAGAAGUUGUCAAGGUUCUCGGCUUAGACUGGAAUACAAACAAAGAUACAAUUCAAUUGAGACCAAACAAUGUUGACUUACAAACUACUAAACGAGGAGUCUUAAGAACAAUUGCUUCUACUUACGAUCCAUGUGGAUUUGUUGCACCAUCGUUGUUGUCACCAAAAUUGUUCAUGCAAGAUCUGUGGAAAAGCAAAAUUAAAUGGGAUUCAAAGUUACCAAAAGAAUUAUUUGAAGAAUGGAGAAACAUAUAAUAAUUUAGAAACUGAACAGGAAGAAAUACCCAGAUAUUAUACAAAGGACUUUGAAAGUAAAGAAAAUCAGUUACAUUGUUUCACAGAUGCAUCAACGAAGGCUUAUGCAGCUGUAGUAUGUAUAGUAAAUGAAAAUGGCAAAGAAUGUUCAUGAAGUUACAAAGUCAUUAAUUAAUAAUAAAGAAGAAAGUAAAACUAGUAAACACGAUAGUAAGUCAAAAGAAAUAGAAGAAAUGAAAAGAAUACAAGAAACUUAUUUUCCUGAUGAGGUUAAUAUGAAAGAAACUGCUUUAAGUCGUAAUCUACGAUUAUUUAAAGAUGAUGAUGGUUUGUUAAGAAGCAAAGGAAGAUUUGAAAAUACUGAAUGGUUGUUUGACAUGAAAUACCCAAUUUUAUUGCCCAAGAACUGUGACUUCACAAAUAGUUUAAUAAAGAGAAUACAUGAAGACAACUACCAUGUUGGAGCCAAUCAUACACUGAGUUUAAUUCGGAAGUUGUACUGGAUACCACAGGGUAAAGCUCAAGUUCAAAAGAUUAUAAGACAGUGUUCGAGCUGUAUCAAGCAUGGGGGCGGUCCAUUCAAACUUCCGCCUACUCCUGCACUUCUUGCUGAAAGAGUGAACUAUAGUUCACCUUUUACAUUUACUGGACUUGAUUAUUUAGGACCAAUAUUAGUAAAGACUGAAAAUGGAGUUUCCAAGAGGUGGAUUUGUUUAUUCACUUGUUUAGCUGUAAGAGCUAUACAUCUAGAAAUGGUACAAGAUUUAUCUGCUAAAGAAGCGCUACUUGCUCUAAGACGAAUGAUUUCUACAAGAGGGACUCCUGGUUUGAUAGUUUCAGACAAUGCUUCACAAUUCAAACUUAUAUCAGAGCUUCUAACCAAUCCAUACUGUAAAGAGAAUAAAAUUACAUGGAAAUUUAUACCACAGUUAUCACCAUGGUUUGGUGGUUUUUAUGAGAGACUAGUGAGUCUAGUAAAGCAUUGUAUGAAGAGAACAUUGCAUAAACAUUUGUUAAAUGACAGUGAAAUCAAUACAGUUAUUAAAGAAAUUGAAGCUAUUUUAAAUACAAGACCACUUACCUGUGUCGAUUCAGAAAUGGUGCAUAUACUGAAACCAGCUGAUUUUUUGAUGAUGGGUAAAUGUAUCAGGACAGAGACAAUAAGUGAGUAAGAUAUUCUUAUUGAAGGCACAACAACGAAACAAGAUUUGAUUCAAGGCUGGAAAAGAGCUUUAGUAAUUCUGGAUGAGUUUAAAGACAUGUUUAUGAACCGAUAUCUUUCUAGUCUUCGGGAAAGAUUUCAAAAUUCAUUAAAGGAGCCAAGAAUUAAGUCUCAGUUAAUACCUAAAGAACUACCUGUAGUACAAAUAAAAGGAGAUACUUACAAAAAAUAGAGAAGAUUGGAAAGUGGGUAGAAUAGUCUCACUUACUACAAGCAAAGAUGGAUUUUGUAGAGUAGCUAAUGUUAAAGUUGGAAACAAGAUAUAUACGAGAUCAAUCACUCAGUUGUAUCCGCUUGAAGUUGAGGAUUUUGAUAAUGAGAAUAUUGAGAAUAGUUCUGAAAAUAUUGGUCAAACUCUAAAGAGAACAAGAAUAGUUGGUUCUGUGAAUGAUUCAAGGCCUAUAGACAUUCCUGAAGAGGUAAUUACUAAUAUACAAAAUAAAGAUAAUGAUAUAGAAAUGCAAACUGUAAGAGACAGCACUAAACGAAUAAUUGAUGGGGUUACUGAAGUUGUCAGUGAACCAGAUAAUGAUAUUACUGAAGUUGUUAAUGAAUCAGAAAAUGAUGUUAAUGAACAAGAGAAUGAUAAUAAUGAGUCUAGACCGGUGCGUGCCGCUGCCACGAGAGCCCUGGAAAAGAUAAGGGAAUGGACGGCCAACUUGGUCGCCCUACUAUGACAAAUUCUUCGUUCGUCGGGAGUGUCGUGACGAAGGCUGGUUGACGCCGUCACGAUGUUCCUCAAAUUCUUCGUUCGUCGGGAGUGUCGUGACGGAGGCUGGUUGUCGCCGUCACGAUGUCCCUCAAAUUCUUCGUUCGUCGGGAGUGUCGUGACGAUGAGUCACGAUUCUAAAUAUGGAAUGUCACAAGUAGCAACACCGAAACGGAAGCCCGCUAAUUUUUCUAUCAAUGGAGAAGUAAUCCGUAUCCAUGAGGUGAAAGGAAAGGUGUAAGGAAAGCCAUAUUGAGGAUCUGAUCACUGACAUAGGAACCUAUGAGUGAGUAAGAGUUACAUCCUAUCUACACAUACUGACUGGUAUUCGCGACGUCAGUCUAGUAUGUGUGCAUUCACAUCCCUACAAUAGAUUCAUAAUUCUUUGAUUAUAUACAUAAUUAUAGAUAGAUAUAUAUAAGUGUAAAAGAGUCGUCGCGAC